AUGGUGGUCCACCACCUGGUAGACACAGCAAUCGACACCAUUGUGGAGGCAACUUCAACGUGUGCUGUACACACGGGACGAGGCUGGCGCGAGCCGACGAAGCGCAAUGGCAGAUUUGCUGCAAGGCCGGCGCAAACGGCGGCAAAGGAGAACGAGUCGUUCUACGACGUACCAGGGCAGCAACCGGAAUUGAAGCGCCCGAGCAAGCGAGGACAAGGUCUUUGA